CCUUACCGCGACCUUCGCGCGACAUUAUUUACAUUUUGGGGAGGGAGGAUAUAUUCCGUUCCAGCUCCAGCGAAGGUGAUCAAGAUCGCCUUCUGUGCGAAUCGCGUGGCGAGUACCUCUCUAACGGUGCUUCUCUCCCUCUGCAGGUUAAUCUAGACACUAAUAAUGAGCAGCACCGGUGCUGGCUACGACUACUCGGCGGGCACGUUCUCGCCCGAGGGCCGCAUCUUUCAGGUUGAGUAUGCCAAGAAGGCAGUCGAGAACAGCGGCACGACGAUCGGUAUCAAGUGCACUGACGGUAUCAUCAUGGGCGUGGAGAAGACGCUACUCAGCAAGAUGCUGGUACCCGGCACGCACCGCCGGAUCUACGCCAUCGACCGCCACGUGGGCCUCUCUAUGGCCGGACUUGUGGCCGAUGGCCGCCAACUCGUGAAUCGCGCGCGCGAAGAAGCACUGAACUACAAGAAGAACUAUGGCUGCAGUAUCCCGCCGCACCUCCUAGCUGAGCGCAUGGGCCAGUUCGUGCACUAUUACACGCUCUACGGCUCCAUUCGACCCUUCGGCACGGCCAUCAUGCUGGCCGGCUACGACCAGGACACCAAGAAGUCCAGUCUCUACAUGGUGGAGCCCUCUGGAGUCACUUACAGCUACCGUGGCUGCGCGCUGGGCAAGGGUCAGCAGUCAGCCAAGACAGAGAUUGAAAAGUACAAGCUCUUCGACAUGACGUGCCGCGAAGCCAUGAAAUACGUUGCCAAGAUUCUGAACACGCUGCACGAUGAGGUGCGUCACCCGUUCGAGCUGGAGUUGAGCUGGAUCUGCGAGGAGACGAACUGGCAGCACCACCUGGUGCCGGACAACCUGCGUGAUGAGGUGAACGAGUGGGCCGUCCAGUCUAUCAAGGAGGAUGAAAUGGCCGAUGACGACGAUGACGAGGACGAGUAAGGCGCGCGAUCUCCUCACACUUGAAGCAUAGUGGUCGUUGCUUUUCGCCCGAAGACAGUUGCUAACCUCCCUAGUGUUGCAAGUUGCAACUGCUUUCGGAAUCGGUUAACCUUACUGCAUAGGCGCAAUAAAGACAAACACUUGACAAACCGUUU